UCUACUUCUUUUUUUUAAUUAUGGCUAUUGUUUCUGGUCUUUCAUCUCCUCUUGGUCCUCCGGCAUGUGAAAAAGAUGCUAAGGUCCUUCAGUUUAUAGAUGACAUGACUAAAAAUAUAGAUCCAGAACAAGUGAGAGUAUUGGCUGAAAUACUAACCCGAAAUGCCAAUACUGAGUACCUCCAGAGAUUCAACAUUAGUGGUGCUAUUGACCGUGAAACUUUCAAGUCUAAGGUCCCCGUUGUCACAUACGAGGAUCUUAAACCUGAUAUUGAUCGUAUUGCUAAUGGUGAUCGUUCUCCAAUUUUCUCAUCUCACCCUAUCUCCGAAUUCCUUACCAGUUCGGGGACGUCUGCCGGAGAGAGAAAACUGAUGCCCACAGUUGCGGAUGAGCUAGAACGCAGACAGAAACUGUACAACCUUCUACAGCCCGUGAUGAAUCUGUAUGUGCCUGGUCUAGACAAGGGGAAGGGAUUGUACUUUCUGUUUAUCAAGGCAGAAACCAAGACGCCUAGUGGCCUUGUUGCACGUCCAGUCCUAACAAGUUACUACAAAAGUGAACAAUUCAAGACAAGGCCAUACGAUCCAUACAAUGUGUAUACAAGCCCCAACGAGACCAUUCUCUGUGUCGAUUCUUUCCAAAGCAUGUAUUCCCAAAUGCUUUGUGGCCUUCUCAUGAGAGAAGAAGUUCUCCGGGUUGGCGCUGUUUUUGCCUCUGGCUUACUCCGUGCCAUCCGUUUUCUUCAACUCAAUUGGAAGCAAUUGUCUCAGGAUAUCGCAUCUGGAACUCUAAACCCUAGAGUUUCAGACCCGUCUAUCCGAAAUUGCAUUUCCGAAAUACUCAAACCAAAUCCCCAACUUGCUGAGUUUGUUUCUAAGGAAUGUGAAGGCGAAAAUUGGGAAGGAAUCAUUACUAGAAUUUGGCCAAACACAAAGUACCUUGAUGUGAUAGUCACAGGUGCAAUGGCUCAAUAUAUCCCUACUUUAGAUUAUUAUAGUGGGGGUCUACCAAAGGUGUGUACAAUGUACGCAUCAUCCGAAUGUUAUUUUGGACUCAAUUUAAAUCCAAUGUGUAAGCCUUCUGAAGUUUGUUACACCAUCAUGCCAAAUAUGGGUUACUUUGAAUUCAUCCCUCAUGACCAGGUCAACCCGGUUCAAAUCUCUCGUGACUCACCCCCACAUCUAGUAGACCUUGCUGACGUGGAAAUCGGAAAAGAAUACGAGCUCGUAAUCACAACUUACGCCGGACUAUGCCGUUACCGAGUUGGUGACAUACUCCAGGUCACCGGGUUCCACAACUCGGCCCCUCAGUUCAAAUUCGUAAGGCGAAAAAACGUGCUGUUGAGUAUUGAUUCUGAUAAAACCGAUGAGUCCGAAUUACAGACCGCGAUUGAAAAUGCGACCGCACUUUUGCGCCAGUAUGAUACUACUUUGGUUGAGUACACGAGUUUUGCGGAUACUAAAACAAUUCCGGGGCAUUACGUUAUUUACUGGGAGUUACUUGUUAAGGACCCGUCUAACCCGCCGAGUGAUGACGUGUUGAGCCAAUGCUGCCUUGCGAUGGAAGAAUCGUUGAACUCGGUGUACAGGCAGUGUCGCGUCGCGGAUAAUUCAAUCGGGCCACUGGAGAUUAGAGUUGUGAAAAACGGAACAUUUGAAGAACUUAUGGAUUAUGCAAUUUCGAGAGGUGCAUCGAUUAAUCAGUAUAAGGCACCAAGGUGUGUUAAUUUUACUCCUAUUGUGGAACUUUUGGACUCCAGGGUGAUUUCUGUGAAUUUUAGUCCAAAAGCUCCUCACUGGACCCCAGAACGACGACGUUGAAGAUAAGUCA